CUCUCAUGACAAGCAAACUUUGGUGGACUCUGUCUCGCAACCCUCCCUCUGUUUUUCAUUCUAAACCAAUCCAUAUUUCAUACAACACUUUCUCUCUAAUAAUCAUUCUCAGUUUUUUCUUUUUUCAAUCUUUCAAUGAAAGAAGAAGCGUGGUGCGUCACCCGCUUAAAGCUGCGUACGGUGGUUUUCAUGGCGGCGAUCUCUCUGUUUUCUGUGUUCACAAAACAGAGCCUCUGUCUGUCUCUGAACAACCAAGGUUUGGCGUUGCUUAGGUUCAGAGACAGAGUCAUCAAUGACCCAUUUGGAGCUUUAUCGAAUUGGAAGGCUAAUGAUGGAGCCAUUGAUCCGUGUUCGUGGUUCGGAGUUGAGUGUUCGGAAGGCAAAAUCGUUACCUUGAAUUUGAAAGACCUUUGUCUCCAAGGAACAAUAGCUCUUGAAAUUGCUAAGCUGACUCACAUCAAAGCCAUAAUUCUACGCAACAAUUCUUUCUUUGGAGAAAUACCUAAGGAGAUUAUACAGUUAAAGGAGCUUGAAGUACUUGACUUGGGAUAUAACAACUUUAGUGGAUCAUUUCCAUUUGAGACCAAUCUAUCCUUGACUACCAUUUUGCUGGACAACAAUGAUUAUCUGGCUAACUUGACUCCAGACAUAGUUAAAUCCAACAUGAUUUCUGAAACUCACUCAAACCAAGACCUGUCAAAAACAUCAUGUGUAAGCAGAUCUAGUUUGAGGUACAAGAGGCAACUUCUUCAAAUAUCAAAUUCUCCCACUUCGCUACCACCAGAUUCUCAGGUUUUCUCACCAUCUCCAUCAAUUCCACCAUUUGAAGCUCCCUCAAGCUCUCCAUCUGCAUCAGCUCCCAUAUCAUUUCCACCAUUUUCAUCACCGUCUCCCUCCAUUUUUCACCCGCCUGCACCUUCAUCUUCACCUUCACCUUCACCGGUGCCUUCACCUUCCCCUAUAAUAGAACAAAGUCCAGAAAUUUCACCAGCAAAUCCACCUUUUGAUAUAUCCAAUCCACCAGAGUCCAAUGGAGUUCCAGCACCUUCUCCUGAUUUAUUUUCAAACCAAGGGAAUUCUAAGGCAAAGCAUCGUUCUGUGAUAAUUUGGUCUACAAUAGGUGGUUUCUCCUUAUUGGUUUUGGUGUCAGCAAUUGCUUUUGCUUGCUUCUGUAAUACCAAGGUUGUAACUGUAAAACCUUGGCCCAUAAGCUUGAGUGGGCAGCUUCAGAAAGCUUUUGUAACAGGUGUGCCAAGUCUCAAACGAGCAGAACUUGAAUCAGCAUGUGAAGAUUUCAGCAACAUUAUUGGAUCUCUUCCUGAGGGUACUAUUUAUAAGGGAACAUUAUCCAGUGGAAUUGAGAUAGCAGUUGUAUCCACUUCAAUAAUCUCACCUCAAAACUUUUCAAAACACAUGGAAGCUCAAUUUAAAAAGAAGUUAGAAACAUUAUCCAGACUUAACCACAAGAACUUUGUGAAUCUGAUUGGAUUCUGUGAGGAGAAGCAGCCCUUCACAAGAAUGAUGGUUUUCGAGUAUGCUCCAAAUGGAACUCUCUAUGAACAUCUACACAUUAGAGAAGCAGAGCAACUUGACUGGGCAAUGAGAGUGAGAAUAGCAAUGGGAAUAGCUUACUGUCUGGAGUAUAUGCAUCAGCUAACACCGCCCAUUGCUCACACAAACCUAAAAUCUUCAUCUAUAUGCCUAACUGAAGAUUAUGCUGCUAAAAUAUCAGAUCUUAGUUUUUGGAGUGACAUUGUUACUUCCAUUAAAAAGGGUUCUUCUGAAGCCACAAGGCUCUUGGAAACACCAUUAGCAUAUACAAAGGGAAAUGUUUACAGCUUUGGAUUAAUACUGUUUGAACUGAUAACAGGUAAAGUUCCCUAUACUGAGGAAGAUGGAAUUCUUUCAGAUUGGGCUGCUGAAUAUAUAAGAUGGGGGAAGAAGCCCCUUAUUGAUGUGGUGGACCCCACUCUGACCACUUUAAAAGAAGAAGAGAUAGAGAAGUGGUUCCAAGUGAUGAUAGAAUGUGCACAUUCAGACCCAGAUAAAAGGCCAACUAUGAGAGAGGUUACUGCUAAGUUGAAGGAAAUUACGGCAAUGGAGCCGGAUGAAGCCAUACCAAAAUUAUCUCCUCUUUGGUGGGCAGAGCUAGAAAUCAAGUCUGGGGAUUUAAGUUGAGACUUAAUAGCUCUAAUCUGAGCAUUUACUGAAGAAUUCAUGUUUGAUGCCAUUUUUUCAUUCAUCUUAAGUCUGUUUUAGAUUCUUCUAAGGAAGCUAGCAAGACUAAUGUGGACAGAAGAGACUACUUGCAUUUGUGUGGAAUUGACUUUGUAAAUACUUGAGAUUUUUACGUAUUUGUUUAUUACCUUGUUCCUA